AUGACGGUGUAUGGCGGAUCUGACGUCAUCUCAUGUCGCUCCUUCCCUACCUCCCUGAAGGGACCAACGACCCUCUGGUUCACCAAACUAAAGCCCAACUCCAUCAAGAACUUCACAGAGCUGGCUCAAGCGUUCGUCAACCGCUUCCAGAGCAGCGUCAAGCAAAAGAAGACCGCUGCUAACCUACUAGCAGUGAAGCAGCGACCUGAUGAGUCCAUAAGGGACUAUAUCACCUGCUUCAAUGGAGAGGUGUUGGAGAUCAAGGAUCUGGAUGACACCAUGUUGUUCAACGCCCUGCACAAUGGGAUCACCAACCACGAUUUGGUGAAAUUGGUUGCCCUCGAUCCGGUUACCACCAUGCCAGAGUUACUUAAUCGGUGCUACCAGUACACCAACAUGCAUGAUAUCAUGAAGGCGCGAAAGACCGUGGAUCUGAAGGCCCUAGUGAAGAAGAGAGCGAGCGAGAAGGAUGAAAAGAAGAAGGACACCAAGAGGGCGAGGUCAGAUCGGAACUCAAACCGAGACCAGAGCCCAGAUUAUACCCCUCUCAACAUAAGCAGGACAAAGAUCCAGAUGGAGGUGUACGAUCGAGGUUUGCUGCAAUGUCCCAGGACGAUGUUUGCUAGGCCUGAGGAUAAGAACAAGAAGAAAUACUGCAAGUUCCAUAAGAAUGUCGGCCACAACACUGAGGACUACAGACAGUUGAAGAGAGAGAUAGAGGAUGUCAUCCAAAAGGGCCAUCUAAGGCGCUAUGUCAAAAAAGAUGGAAAGGAUAACUCCAGAGGUCACGAAACCAUGAGGAACGACCCUAGGAGAGAUGAUAGAGCCAGGGGAGGAGACGAUCGAGAUCAUCGAGAAGAGCGACGAGAUGACCGCUGGGAGGUCAGAAGGAUUGAUAAUGAAGCCAACACCUCUACUGCACCUGCCAUCCUCACCAUCCUGGGGGGACUAGGGCAGGAGUCAUCGUGCAAGGCCAAAGCAAAGGCAAGGUUUGUAGCAGUGGCCGAAAUGCUUGAGAAAAAAGCACGGACCGAGCCCAUAAUCACAUUCUCUGAAGAAGACAUGGAGGGGCUAAGCUAG